AAGCACAGGCUUUCCCACUAGUGAAGGGGCAGCAGCAGCCCGAGCUGGCAAGAAAAGGCGGCGACCCUUAGCGCUUCCCCCUGAUCCUCAGAGGCACAAGGAGACGAGAGAACGCGGCGGGAGCCGAGAGGGUCGGACUGUUCCCCUGUAGCGUGAGAAGCGGGACUGUGUGACAGAGAGCUCGGACUUACUGAUCACUUUAACUGCCCCGCUCUGCACCGGCACCGACUCGGACACAACCCCGACCCCCCUCACACCAGAACUUUUUUAUUGAUCGUGCUGGAGAAGAUACAUAAAUGACAGCAGCAAGCUUCGAUAACAGAGAACCCAGCUACACUUCUGGUCUUCUGGAGCAGAAAGUUUCACCCUAUGCUGUCUCCUGGAGUUAUCUGUAGACUCCAGCCAACUGGAGGUCCUAGAGGUAUGGCUUACUGGCUAUUCUGGGUUGCUAUGAUCCUCCUCUGCAUAGAUGGUUCCACAGCGGCCACUGACGUGUCCCUUGGAAAGCCGAGGAUCACCAAGUGCCGUUCACCUCAACAGGAAACCAUCACUUGCUAUUGGACUUAUGGAGAGUUUCACAAUUUAUCAUCACCUGGCCAGCUGAAACUUCAAUAUAAAAAAAAGAUUGAGGCCAACUGGACAGAUUGCCCAGAUACUAUAACUGGGGGAGAAAACAGCUGCUAUUUCAAUAAAACCUAUACUUCUAUUUGGGUCUCUUAUUGCGCCAAACUUGUAAGUGAAGAUACUGAAUUCGAUGAUUACUGCUUCUCCGUUGAAGAUAUUGUGGAACCUGACCCUCCCGUGUCCCUGAACUGGACUGUGUUGACUAUCAGCCUGACCCGUAUGCGCAUAGACAUCCAGUUAAACUGGGAACCACCACCCUCAGCAGAUGUUUCAAGUGGGUGGAUAAGUCUGGAAUAUGAGGUUCAUUUCAAGGAAGCCAAUGAAUCACAGUGGACAAUACUGGACAAAGUACGAAAUGAAUAUUUACCAGUCUACUCGGUGAAAACAGGAAAGGAUUAUUUUGCAAGGGUUCGUUGCAAACAAUUUGCUAAUGGAAAAUUUGGAGAAUUCAGUGAAAUUUUGCAUAUACCACUUUUAAUACUACCAGAGCCUGAACUUCCUGAUGUUCCAUUUCUCCUCUUUCUUAACAUUGGAUUAUUCGGGAUGUUGCUUGUCUUCAUUCUCAUUCUAGUUUUUAAAAAGCAGAGGAUAAAGAUGAUCAUCCUUCCACCAGUCCCUGUGCCAAAAAUAAAAGGAAUUGAUCCUGAUCUUUUGCAGAGAGGAAAACUGGAUGAGGUGAACUCUAUAAUGGCAUAUCACGAUCACUACAAAUCACAGAUGUACAAUAAUGACCCUUGGGUUGAAUUUAUUGAGCUUGAUCUUGAUGACACAGAUGAGAAAAAUGAGGGUUCAGACACUGACCGACUUCUUGGAGAGGAACAUGGAAAGAACCAUAACUGCUUGGGGGUUAAAGAUGAUGACUCUGGACGUGCCAGUUGCUGUGAGCCUGACAUUCCAGAAACUGAUUUCAGUAACAGUGACACUUGUGAUGGUACCUCAGAUUUAGGGCAACCCCAGAAUGUAAAAGAAAAUGAAACCGAUCUUUUGUGCCUUGAUGAGAAAACUAACAGUGGAUCCCCUUCGAAUGUCAGCUUGUCAAACACAGAAGAUGGAAGCCCAACGACCGAAGCUCAGAAAACCUGGCCUGUAGCUGUGAGGGAGAAUGAACCAACAAGCUUGCCAGUCUCUGCCCCAAUAAGCAAGUUGAGCUCAAAGCAAAGCAUGGACUUCUAUGCUUUAGUGAGCGACAUAACUCCUGCAGGAAGACUUCUCCUUUCUCCAGGACAAAGAAUGAAGAACGAGAAUGAUGAAUGUAAUCAACCAGUUAUUCAACACCCAGCAAACCUUAACCCAAACAGCCCUUACAUUUGUGAGUCUGCUGUGACAGCUUUUUGUGCUGCAAGCAAGCCCAGGGAUACUGGAGCCAGUGUGAAGCCGAAUGUAAUUGAUGAUAGCUACUUCACCACGGAAAGCCUUAACAUCCCCCAGAUGAAUCCUUGCUUUGCAGAGAAGGCUUCAAGCUAUGAUAUGCCUGUCUCAGACUAUACCUCUGUCCAUAUCAUAAACUCUCCAAAAAAUCUUGUACUCAACACUACUGUGCUACCAGACAAAGAAUUUCUCGCACCGUGCGGCUACAUGACCCCUGACCAAGUAAACAAAGUCAUGAAGUAGCUGGUUUUUCUUAUUCUGUGAUGGUAUUUAAAGGCAUGGGCUUUUACGUUUAAACCAAAACCCUGCAUAUAAGCUUUUCUUUUGUGGUUCAUCUUGUAAAAAGCUCAAGCGUAUAUACAUAUAUAUAUAUAUAUAUAUAUACAUAUAUAUAUAUAUAUAUAUAUAUAUAUAUAUAUAUAUAUAUAUACAUAUAUAUAUAUUAAAUGUUAAGAAGAUGCCAAAAUGCUUAGCAAGAGAUUUCUCGUAUGUCAUAAAAUGUUAGAGUUCAUUGUGAUUAGUUCCUAUUAAGUAUUCAUUUUGCGACCGUAAUCGUUGAAAGUUAAGAUUCAAUGCAAUCGUGGUUUACAGUGGAUUGGAAAAUAAACUAUUUUUCCAAAACUA